CGUCCCGGGACCAUACCAUCAGGAUGUGGAGUAUUCGUCAGGGACUUCAGGUGACGUUGCUGUCGAUGCACAUUCCAGUAAUGAACUUUAUGAUGACGGCAGAUGCCAAGCGGAUCAUUGUACAUCUGGAGAAUGACCACCACGUACCUCUUCUGUGUCUCCACAACAGUCCUGUCGAUCCGGAGCCGAACGGCGAGUGGGCACCAUCCGUCGCAGAUGCACUAGCGAUUUUGCCUUUAGUUCCAAAGCACACAUUUCCACAUCGAAAUUCUGGGAUUUUCCCCGUGCAAAAGUUACCAGUGAAGAGGAAGCGAAGUUCGGUAUCAAGCUUACCGCAAAUGAUCAAGUUAUCUCCUAUCAAAGCACCUCCAAAGUCAACACCAAAAUCGUCCAGGACCAGAUUCAGAAUUCCAAAGAUCCACAGACGGGAACAAAAUCCGGACUCCAAAAUGUCCAAACUGUGUGUCAUUGUGUGACGCAUAUAAGUAACUUCUACGAUAUAAUCGCAUAUAAAAGCACCUAGCUUGUCAAUACUGUGUCAAAACGUUGGUGUAAGCUGACGUCUCGUUAUCCACCUUCGAAACCGGGUAUCGGUAUAUGUGGUUAAAACUGAUAUCUCGUCAUCCACCUAGUACUCAAUUAUGUGCGUAAACUGAGAUUCCAUCUCCUACCAUGACAACUCUGUAUCGAAAUCCGCAGUUAAAGUUGAUUUUAUUUCACUUUAAUAACGUUAGUAAUUCACCAGGUUCCCUUAAAAUAUAGUGUUCCUGCAAGAGACACUCAGCGAUAAGCAUUAAUUCAAUCAUUCUCCGUAUUUCAGUUGUCGCACCAAGCAGCUUUCGGUGCUUCUAUGUACAUAACAUAUAUAAAACUGUUUAUUAACACAAAUGAUACUGUACUUCAAGAUUGAUAAUACUGUACAUACCAAUAAAUAAAACUGUACAUACA